AUGCCUUCAGUAAAGCGUCUCACUAUCGUGCAGAACUUCCAACAACAGAACAGGUCUGUUGUGCUUGUGCCUAAUUCUGGCGAUCCCCUGGCUUUCAUCAUAGAUGCAGCGAAAAAAAAGCUGAGAAUAAAAAAACCCUCAAAAGUAAAAGUCUUUCGCUCAGAUGGGACUCAGGUAACAGAAUCGUCGUCCAUCUUAGACCUCGACACCGACAGUACCAUACUAAUAUCAUCAGGCGAGCCGUUUGUUGGUGGUGGGACGGCCCAAUCACUACCUCCAAUUGCCGCCUUGGCCUCGCUAUCGACGCCAUCGGCCUCAUCGCUUCCUGCCACUAAUCCGUCGGAGUCGCACCAACCCGAUAUACCAUCAGAAGCCAUCGUACUUGCCCAUGAGUCGUAUGUAGAUCCCAGCGCAAUUGCACAGCUCAAAGCGAUCUCCAAGCUCCAAGGCGUCCUCUCCACUAUCGGGAUGCCAGAUCUUCACCCAGGAACCACGUUCCCAAUUGGCGCCAUCGUCAUAACAAACCAUUCAACUAUCAGACCCGCGCUCAUAGGUGGCGACAUUGGCUGCGGAAUGGGGCUGUAUGUCACUGGGAUAUCAGCAAGUGAGGCCAGGGAAAAGCCAAGCUGGAUUGCCAACAAGAUUAGGGACAUCGAAGGUGCCUGGGAGGGAGGAAAUGGCUGCACUGUCGAGGAGUGGUUAAGAGAGGCUGGGGUGAUAUCCAUCGACUCAACGUGGAAUUCGAGUUUAGGAACGAUUGGAGGAGGGAACCACUUUGCUGAACUUCAGGUUGUUGAAAAAAUUUGGGAUCAAGACGCUUUCGACGAAUUCGUUACCCCUGCAUUUUUUCCCUCUAGUCUUCGUGAACAGCGACUGCGUCCGGGUGAUCGAAAAGACGUGCCGUCUUCCCUUGAAACCAAAGAUUUCACUUCAAAUCUCUUCUUGCUAGUGCAUAGCGGAUCCCGAGGACUGGGACAAAAUAUCCUCGCCUCCACUAAAUCAUCAUUAUCUUCUGCUGGAAUUCACACAGGUGCACCUCUGGCGGAAGGGACAGAGGAGUUUGACACAUACCUUUCCCGGCAUGAUGAUGCUUGCCGAUGGGCUUGUUGCAAUCGAGACUUGAUUGCUCACCGGAUACUCGAACGCAUCGAUGAGACUUACAAUCCUCGGCCCCCGCAUACAAGCGGUAUCGACCCCGAUUCGGAAUGUGUGUCAUCCAUUCCUUUCAAGUUGAAACGGCGGAAAGUCCUGGACAUCUGGCACAACAAUGUCGAACGAAAUUCCGAUUGGGCACCUUCCAUCAUAUCACCUGCUGAGUUUCCAACAAGUAUAAAUAUCAAUCCGACGAGCCCCUUGGCACCUAACCAUGUUUGGGUGCACCGAAAAGGGGCUGCUCCAAGUGAUCGAGGCCUAGUAAUAAUCCCAGGCAGCCGUGGCGCAUACUCAUUCCUUGUACUUCCCACGGGUCCGCAGCAUCGUAAUGGAUUCUCGCUGGCGCACGGAGCGGGCCGCCAGCUCACCCGAACCAAAGCUCUCGCAGAUUUCUCGCGUAAAUACUCGCCUGGCCCUUCCAAAGGGAAGAAGUCAGAAGAGCGGUCACGGCACGAUGCAUCUUCCCUCGAGACUACCCGGUUUGGCGGGAAGGUCAUAUGUGAAGACAAAGAUUUGCUGUUUGAAGAGAUUCCAGAAGCUUACAAGGAUAUUGAGAAUGUCGUGAAGGAUUUGGCGGAUGAAGGCAUUGUAAAAAUUGUAGCCACGUUGGCGCCAGUGGUGACUUACAAGGUCCGUAAAUGA